AAACAAAGAACAAAUCUAUUGGCUUAUGAAUAUCUUUGUCAUAUUGGUGAAGCAAAAGAAUGGAUAGAAGACUGUUUACAAGACGAAAUUGACCCUAUUAUCAAAUUAGAAGAGUCUAUGAGGAAUGGUAUUGUGUUAGCAAGAUUGGCUGAUUGGAUGGUACCUGGUGUUGUUCGUAAAAUAUUUCAGGACAAGAAACUACAGUUUCGCCAUUCUGAUAAUAUCAAUUACUUUUUUGAUGCUCUUAAAGUGGCUAGACUACCUUCUAUCUUUUGGUUUGAAUUGACUGAUCUUUAUGAAAAGAAAAAUAUCCCAAAAGUGAUUUAUUGUAUCCAUGCUCUAAGUCAUUUAUUGUCUAGGCGUAACUUGGCCCCUAACAUUAAGAAUCUAGUGGGUCAAUUACAUUUUACAAAUGAAGAAUUGAGUGCUACACAACGUCAUUUGGACAUGUCUGGUUUGCCUAUGCCCAACUUU